AUUGCGGACAGCCACAUCAACUCUGCGCGAUGGCGACGUGACGUGCGGCUGAUGUUGUGAUGGAUGCCGCCGAACGGAACCGCGCAGCCUACGGAAUGCCGCCCGAGGUGGAGGGCCGCGAGGGGGGACGCCAGGGGGGUCGCGGCCCGGCGCCGGGCUCCGCCUGGGUGAAGUUCCGUGCCACCCAGGUCCUCGGCGGUAGUGCGGCUGGGAUCUUCUCUUCGGUGCCCCCGGAGUAUGUGCAGAAAGACAACUCGAACCAGGAGAAGGAAGCGGAGGAGGUGGAAGCCACCGCCUGCCGCAUGGGGGAGAUGACUUGGCAGCUGCCCGGGGUGCCGCCCCCCGACUUCUCGGUGAUCAACGAUGAUGUGGGGCCUUCUGUCCGGGCAGAGCUCAACGUGUUCACGAGGAAAGCCGACGGCACCUUGCGGGAGAUGCGGCUCCGGGGUCCGCGCCGGAAAACCGUCCCGGAGGCCCGGAAGGACGGCAGCGACCUGCGGCGGGUGGCCUUCCACCGCUUCGCCGCGGUGGGGCCCGGGGACGCCGCUAAGGGCGCGCACGCCGAGGCGCUGCUGGCGCGGGCUCAGGAGCUUGAGGAGGUGCAGUGGACGGCGGUGGACCUCAUGGGUGAGGACGUGGCGGAGGGCGCGGAGCGGCGGCUGCCGGAGUUCACUACGGCCACGCAGGCGGAGAAGUUCAAGGAGCAGGAGAAGAGCGUGUCAUCGCUCAGGGAGUGGAUCUAUGCGAAGAAGGAGGAGCAGUUGGAGAACUACCAGCCGGCGGGGCCCAGCUGGUCCUUGGCGGGUCAGGCGAUGGCAGUGCCGCGCUUGCCAGGUGUGUGGUACGUGCACGAGCGGCAGCAGGAGGGCGGCCGCCCACUGCCGUGGCUCUUCUUUAAUGCCUCCAGCGGCAAGUACUACCGCCGGGUGCACGGCACCCCAGGAUCCUGGGUGCAGGCGGGCACGCCCCAUCAUCCAGAGAGCCACCCGGUGACCAUCAGCAGCGGAGUCAUGUGCCAACCCUCCGCGGCACCCGAGGGCGCCCGGAAGGACGACCUCGCGGUGGCGCUCCUGGACCUACCGCGCACCGCGCAGGCGCUGAAGCAGCCGGUGCCCUUCAUCGACAAGCCCGCGGCCCUCUUCGUGCUCGUCGAUGGCCUGAGGAGCAGCAACGGGGCCUCGGAGUUCUGCGCCAAGCGCUUCCAUUCCCAGAUCCUGCCCCGACUCAGCGCCAGGUCUGACCCGCUCGAAGACCACGAGCUGGUGGCCGUCAUGAGAGACAGCUUGGAGUCCCUGGACGCCGCGCUGCUGGACAGCGCCGCGCGCUUCAGCGGCUGCGGGGUGGCCGUGGCCCUGCUGCUGGGCCGCCGCCUCGCCGUGUGUACCUUGGGAGACUGCCGCGUGGUGCUGUGCCGGAAGAGGCGGCAAGCUCGACUUCUGGCCCCGACAGCAGCCGCCCACUGCGCCGCGGAGCGGCGCCUGCGCGCCGCCUACGCGCCGCUGGACCUGGCGACUGCAGGGCGCCCGCUGCAUGCGGCGAGCGCCGGAGCCGAGCUGCUGGCCGCAGCGCCCUCGGACUCAGAACGGCUGCUGCUGCGCAUCGCCCGGGCGGCGCACCCCUUCGCGGCGCUGGGGCUUUCUGUCGCAAACCUGCAGGGCGGGGUGCCGGUGGUGCCGCGGGCGCUGGCGGAGUGUGAGGAGCAGCUGCAGCCCUGUCUGGCGCAGGAUCAUCUCCGCGAGCGUGCAGAGAAUGCACUUGCCAGAGUGCGGGAGGCAGCGGCGGAAGUGGAGUCCUUCAUGAGCAUGGACGCCUACGUGACGCAGAUCCUGGCAGAGUUGUACUACCUGGUGGACGAGGAGGACGGCAUCGUGACACCAAAGCGUGCCGCCGCCCUCCUGGGCGUAGAGCCGGGCUGCGGGGAGGCGGCGGCGCAGGCGGGCAUCGACCGCCGGUACCGGGCGCUGAUGACGCAGCUGGCGGCGGUGAGCCCCAGCCACGCGCAGCGCGGCCUGCGGAUCUUGGCGGAGCUGGCGGAGGCUGCGGCCAAGUCGGGCGCCUGGUGGGUGCCGACGGAGAAAGCGGUGGGGGUCACCCGCGCCCUGGGCUUUCGCGACCUCAAGCGCCAGAGGCCGCUGGUGGGGCUGGAGCUGGCCUCGGAGGUGUUGCAGCUCGAGGACGGGCUCCACUUCCUGGCGCUGCUCACGGACGGGGCCCGCGGAUUGGACGAGGUUCGCCUGGCCCAGCUCGCUGAGGUCCAUGGCAGCCGUCCCAAGGCUGCAUCCUUGCGCAUCGCCGCGGAUGCGGGCAAGAGCGCACCAGAGGAGGCGGUGGGGGUCAUCGCGGUGACGCUGCAGGUGGGAGUGGAGACAGAGGCGCGCGAGCGCGCCUCGGACAAGGGCCCUGAGCCCAAGAAACGGAAGGUCGAGAACCUCACGCCGGGGGGCAAGCGCAAGGUCCGCGUGGCCUCGCUGCUGAUGAAGUACUCGGGCGCGAGUGAAGCUGACUCUCUGGCGCGGCGUAAAGCGCCGAGCGGGCGGACGCAGGCCAAUGCGGAAAAGGCGCUGAUGGAAGUGCUGGAGGAGCUCGCCAAGGUUCAGCCCAAGGAGCUCGCUUCAAAGUUCGCCGCGAUGUGCGAGGCGUUCUCCGACUGCAAGUCGGCCACCAACAAGCCCCACGCGGAUUUGGGCUGGGUCCUGGAAGGCCAAUUCGGCAAGGAGUUCGACGCAGUGGCCUUCGAGCUGGAGGUGGGCGGCCUGAGCGACAUUUUCACCACCCCGCGGGGCGCCCACAUCUUGUACAGACUCGCGUGAUUCGACCCCAUGGGUCCGGCAGGGCAUCCUCGCGUGAACAGAUGCGUCCGAGGGA